AUGAAUGAUGUUGCUGGGCAGACAGACACUUGGCUCUGUGAGACAGCAGGGUCGAUCUGUAAAGCCUCUGGGUUUUACACCAUCACUAAGACCUUGAGUGAGACACGAGGCAUUGUCUGUUCAGACCACAUUCGAGAUAAAGACGGCCUGUGGUCAGUUCUGGUAUGGUUGUCCAUCCUGGCAGUGCGUAAGCAGGGGGUGGAAGAAAUAGUGAGAGAUCACUGGGCCAAAAUGGGACGCAACUACUUCUGCAGGUUUGACUAUGAAGGGGUGGACAGCAGGGCAGCGUAUUACCUCAUGAGAGAUCUGGAAGCUGUUAUCAUUGAUAAAGCGUUUACCACUCAGAAGUUUUCUGUGGGCAAUAACAUCUACAGUGUGGAGAAGGCUGAUAAUUUUGAGUACACUGACCCAGCGGACGGCAGUGUGUCCAGGAAACAGGGCCUAAGGAUCAUCUUCACAGACUCGUCCCGAAUCAUCUUCCGGCUCAGUGGUUCUGGUGCUGGAACCGGGGCCACUGUUCGCAUCUAUGCCGAGAUCUACGAGAGAGACCCAGAGAGACACAACAGAGAGACUCAGGUUGUGCUGGGUCCUCUCAUUGCCAUUGCUCUGAAAAUCUCCAACAUCCACGAAAGAACUGGACACAGAGGCCCCAAUGUGAUCACCUGAGACCAAUCCAGCACAGCACAUCAGGGGCCAAAAUCACUUUCCUCACUCAUCUGAUCCUUUUUUUAAAUUUGUGCCUUUCACUCAGCAUCACAAAGAAUGUGCCAACUAUUCAUUUUGCUGCUCUUUUAUCAUUUCUCUCAUCUCCUCUCCUCUCCUCGUUAUCUUGUUUUUCUUCUUCAUUUGUCUUUACAAGGGCCCCUGUAUGGUAUUCUUUUCUUUUGCACAUGUAUAAACUCAUGUAAACCACUAAAAAAUCCAAAGGGAGCAAAGUGAUUUCUUCAUGUUCAAGCAAAUGCUCCUUUAAUGUGUUUAAUUCAAUGAGAAUGAGGUUAGAAGCAGAACAUAUGUAGACCACUCUGUGUUUUUGAUUCAGAUGCAUGGGGUUUAAACCCUACACCAUGUGAAUUUGGUAACUGUGUGCUUUUGUUUACAAUGUAGCUGUUACAAAGAAACGUAUUCAAAACAAUCAAUGAAAAGAGGGAGCAAUGCCGUUCAAAAUGUACUUAUUUCUGUGAAAUUCACAUUAGAAACACAUCAUAUUCUAUGCAACAGCUUGAACUGAGCUCAUGUCCAAGAAUGAACCAAUAAAAUAAUAAUCAUAAACAUUGCCUAUAAACAGUUGUGCUACAAUUCCUACAUCCAGUCUUGUAAGCACUUACACUGAUUUGCAAUUUUCUGAUCACUUUCUGAAAUGUGCUGCAAAUGAACUUUGUGAAUAAAAGUAUGAAAUGAGUUAAAGGAAAUUUUUCACUUUUGGCUAGCAACUCGGCUUAAAUAAUGCAUAGUACUUUUUUAUCUUUUAUUUUAAAA